AUGGCAUCCGUCCCCCGCACCGUCCUCCACAACACCUUCCUUACUCUCCCCGCUUCAGCGUCCGAUUUCGAUCUCAUGGAGGACCUUCCUCUGCCCCCCGAGAUGGUGGACUGGGACAGCUACACCGUCUCCGACUACUCUGACAGCCCGCGGAUCAAGGGGGUAGGGCCAAGUCACCCCUCAGUACGCUUCACGUUGUCCGACGCCGAGCUGCUCGGCUUUUCCGUUCCUUCCCCACCAGUGAUCCCAGAGAGCGAGUCCCAGCAAGAGUUACGAGAGGUUAUUGGCGGCAUCUUCCGUCGUCUCGAGGACGGAGAACACACAGAGGAUGAAACCGAGGAAUCUGUCCCAGAGGCGGCCGGACCCUCGGCAAGCACCCGCGAGAGCAGCCACCCAUCCACUCCGUCCGCGGGUUCGAGUCCAUGCUCGUCCUUUACCGACGACGACGACGACACACCCGACUCCAGUAUCGACGCCAUUUCCACGCCUUAUGAGAUGGUCUUUAUUCCGAAGGGCAGCAUUGUCCUCGACAAAGACCUUCCCUCGCCCGACCACCUUCCCUCAGUCCUCCUUCCGUCGAGUCACCUUCCCCCCGGUGGUGACGACUUUCCCCGUGACACUCCCGGCAUGCCCAUUGUCAUCAGCAGCAACGUUGUCGCCGACCAGCAGGUAGAGACAACCUGUGAUGAUACGCCGGCCGAGCCCUCGGUGGCGAAGCAUCUGCUGGAGUGUGCCCCCGACAACCACGUCGCGAGCCCGUGUGAGUCGCCUCGGCCGGAGCAGGACGCGUUCUCUCUUAGCCCGACUUCCCACGCCCUCAACGCUCCACACAAGCGCCCUAGGACUCAGUCAGCGUCCCCACCUCCGUCUGCAAUGGGAAAGAGGCCCCGCCAUGUCUCUCUUCCGCCGACCGUUCCACACCUGGCGCCACCUCUCAAUGGCUUCUCCAGUAUCACCCCAGAGCCAUCGCCCGUCCUUCCCAUUGAGACACUUGCCCCCAUUGAGCAGGCUACGUCACCACAGUCUGUGGCUCGGCCCGACGGUGGUGUGUGGCAGAUCAUCAGCAACACGUUCGUGAACUGCCUCCCCAAAGCCUCGUCCAGUGACCUUCCGCCCCCUAGUCCGGAGCUGCACGCUACCCCGGUGGACUGUGCAGACGACGAUCAGCCAGCUACGCCCAAACCUGUCGUCAACAUCUCCAUCGUCGAACCUCACACUCCACCCAGCCCUCCGCCAUCACCCGGCGUGGACAGUGGAGCUGAUGGUCCUGGGCGCUGUCUCUCUGCCCUCACGGACCUCGACUGCGAACAAGUCUCUCGAGAUGUCUCGCCAAAUGUCUCUACGCCCAUCGAUGAGUGUGAAGGAUCGUCCGUCGUCCAGACGAUGACACCGUCCCCUACGCCCGGUCUCAUGCCGGCCACGCUCACGAAGGAGCGGUCUGUGCGCUCAGCAGUGGAGGGCUUCCCCUUCCACACUCACUUUCCAACUCCAACCUCACCUACUGAGGUCAACGCGUUGGAGUUGUCCAUCACCUCGUCGCCACUCACCUCGAUCCGCAGCUCCUCCGAGCCGCCGGGCUCAACUCAAGUCACUGGCGAACCACUCAGCUCCCAGACGACGGUGCUCUCCCCCUCCGAGUCUGCGAGGAUGGGUAGAGCGUCAUCGGCACAGCCACGUUCCCCCGCGCAAGCUCUUUACCUCCGCACCAUCAUCGGGUCACCGGAUCCCACUGGCACUUCGGCCUCGCCUCCGGCAGACAUUUCCCAGACCGUCGAGACCCCAGCGCAACAUGUUUCUGCCUCUCAGCACGAACCUGCUGCUCCUCCCGUUUUAGCACCGGCUCGCCUCAAGGGUGGCGCGGGCUACAACAAGAAAGCCGAGCUCCGUGACCUCCAGUUGGCGGCCGAAUCUCUCUUCAAGGGAAGCCGCCACGAGGGCAGGCGGUCGGCGACGCGCUCGAGCAUGGCGACCUCGUCCCCACCUGCUGUCGAUACUCCCACCACCGUAAGGAUCUUGGAUACAGACACUGCUAACCUGGGCCAGCAGGUGAAGAAGAGUCCGUCAGCCCCUACGUCCCAGUCCCCUGCCCGUUCCCGACCACCUACGCCGGUGCAGCCGGACAGCGUCCCCCAUCUGACCCGUUCUGUCAUGGCCGCCGUGGCGGCGUCCGAAGCCUCAUCUCCAGGGAGUGGCGCCAAGGAGGAGCUCCCCGAGACUUCGCUUUGGUCUUCGUCCAGCCGUGUCCACGGCAAGAAGGUUAAGGAGGCCGCUGAGCCUGUCGUCCAUUCAGCUAAACAUGCCACGAAGCGGGGCCACGACUCGACUGUGAGAUGGGGGACCACGGUGGUGGCUAACAUAUCUCAGCCUCCCAAGUCCAAGGCAAGGUCUGUGUCCAGUCGUACUGCCUCUUCCGUCGUUCGCCAGGUUCCCAAUGUCCGCGAAGAGUCUCCCGACCCACUUGCGCUGGGCCCUACGUCAUCUGAGCCUGGCCUCGAGAGCCCGCCGAGGAAGAGGGCCAGGACGCUCUAUGAAAAGCCAAAGCGUCCCGACAGGUCCUAUUGUGACGAAGAGAACGACAUUAUCGACAGCUACUUCCCGCUCGAAGACUCUGAAGGACACCCCACCAAAGACGCGGCCACCAAGUGUUCCAACGCCCUCGUCAAAGCGGGCUACCAGCGCCGUUCAGAAGGAGCACUCCAGUGGAGAGUCCGUACUAUUGUGUGGCCUGAGAAGCGCAACGCGCAGUGA